AUGUUGGAAAAGUUUGGAUCAAUCUCGUGGUGGACUUCGAAUGAGAAUGACAAUGUAUAUUCAUGUUAUCAGAGAAUGUUAGAGAUUGAAGAGAGGAAACAUAUGACACCACCGCCGGAAUCCGGCGAUAUACAACCCGCGGUUGCUUCGGGAAGUGGCGCGAAACGCCGAUUGUCUUUUGAUGAUCCUCCUGAUCAAAAGAGAAUGCGUAGGCUCUGA